AAAAUUGCCUUGAGGAUGCAAUCAAAGGCUCGUGUUAUGUAUGAUUUUGCUGCUGAGCCUGGAAACAACGAGCUGACCGUCAGUGAAGGGGAGAUCAUUGUAAUUACCAACCCGGAUGUCGGUGGAGGCUGGUUAGAAGGGAAAAAUAGCCAAGGUGAGAGAGGACUUGUUCCAACAGAUUAUGUUGAGAUUAUAACUGAAGGUGCAAAAGAUGGAAUUAGCUGUGGUAACUCACUAGCUGACCAAGCCUUCUUUGAUUCUCUUUCUUCAAAUACAACUCAGACCAACUCUGCCGCAAAAAGCGGUAAUCAGGCAAACAAUGCCAGUGAUCCUUGGUCCAGCUGGAAUGUUGGGAAGUCUGGGAACUGGGAUAACGGAAAUGCUGCUGACAGCUGGGCAACAAAGCCUGAAAGUGCAGCUGGCCAGAGAAACAGUGCUUCAAAUAACUGGGAGGCAGCAGCAACAACAUUUGGUCAUCCACAGGCAUAUCAAGGACCAGCAGCUGCUGAUGACGAUGAUUGGGAUGAUGACUGGGAUGACCCAAAAUCAACUUCACCAUCUUAUCUUGGUUACAAGGAGAAUGAAGCAUCAGAAGCUGGAGGGGUCCAGCGUGGAAAUUCUCGUGCAGCUGCUAUGAAAUUACCACUUAACAAAUUUCCUGGAUUUGCAAAACCUGGGAUGGAACAGUAUCUGUUGGCAAAGCAGCUAGCAAAACCCAAAGAGAAAAUAUCCAUAAUUAUUGGUGAUUAUGGCCCAAUGUGGGUUUAUCCUACCUCUACAUUUGACUGUGUGGUGGCAGAUCCCAAAAAAGGUUCUAAAAUGUAUGGUCUCAAGAGCUACAUCGAAUAUCAGCUGACCUGCACUAACACUAAUCGGUCUGUCAACCACAGAUACAAGCACUUUGACUGGUUGUAUGAGCGUCUCCUGGUUAAAUUUGGAUUAGCCAUUCCAAUCCCAUCUCUUCCAGACAAGCAAGUAACAGGGCGCUUUGAAGAAGAAUUUAUCAAAAUGCGUAUGGAGAGACUGCAGGCUUGGAUGACAAGGAUGUGUCGCCAUCCUGUUGUCUCAGAAAGUGAAGUUUUCCAGCAAUUUCUCAAUUUCCGAGAUGAGAAGGAGUGGAAAACUGGAAAGCGGAAGGCAGAAAAAGAUGAAACUGUAGGAGUUUUGAUCUUUUCUACAAUGGAACCAGAAGCUCCAGACUUGGACAUGGUAGAAAUAGAACAGAAAUGUGAUGCAGUGGGGAGAUUCACCAAAGCAAUGGAUGAUGGAGUUAAAGAGCUGCUGACAGUGGGACAAGAGCACUGGAAGAGGUGUACAGGGCCACUACCCAAGGAAUACCAGAAGAUAGGAAAAGCAUUGCAGAGCCUGGCACUGGUCUUCAGCACUAGUGGAUACCAAGGAGAAUCUGAUCUCAAUGGAGCAAUAACAGAAGCAGGAAAAACUUAUGAAGAAAUCGCCAGUCUUGUAGCAGAUCAGCCGAAGAAAGAUCUUCACUUUUUGAUGGAAACAAAUCAUGAAUAUAAGGGAUUUCUUGGUUGCUUCCCUGACAUCAUAGGAGCUCAUAAGGGAGCAAUAGAAAGAGUGAAGGAGAGUGAUAAAUUAGUUGCAACCAGUAAAAUAACACCACAAGACAAACAGAACAUGGUGAAACGUGUGAGCACCAUGGCUUAUGCACUACAAGCUGAGAUGAAUCACUUCCACAGUAACCGGAUUUAUGACUACAACAGUGUUAUUCGUCUGUAUCUGGAGCAGCAAGCACAGUUUUAUGAAACGAUUGCACAGAAGCUGAGGCAGGCACUCAGCCGCUUUCCUGUGAUGUAGAGAAUAAGGAGUAGUCAACAAUAAAGAAAGCUCCGAAGUGCUUUUUCUGAUUUGGGGGCAUUGCUAAUAAAAACUUGUUAGCCUUUGCCAGCCAAAAAAACCCACCAAAAAAACCCCAACAACAAUAAAAAUUGAUUGUAGAAAAAAAGAAUUAUUUAAAAUUUUACUUUAUCAGCCUAAAUCAUAAGAUGAGGUUCUCUUAUCUUGAAUGCUCUCCCAUUUGUAUCAUUAUUUAAAUAAAACCAGCUAGAUAAUGCUGUCAGUUAUAGGGAUCUAAAUUCUCAAACUGAUACGUUGCCAUGGACUUCAUGCAGACUUCCAUCUAUCAGAUGUUCUUCCAAAAGCUCUUAAUCAACAUCAGUUACAAAUGUGUAUCUUUUUUUUCCAAGUGGGAAAGCAGACAAGCUUGAGAAAAUUACUUUAAUACUCAUUAUAUUCAAUUCAGCUCUCUAGAGAUUCAGUAGCCAGGAGGAAUUACAUUUGUGUAUGUUUCUGGUACAUGUUCAUGAUAAUCUCCUGAAUGAACACUUCGUUCUGAGUUUUGCUUUCCAUAUGCAGCCAUGGCAUACUGCUCCCAUUAUGACUUCUGGUAAAUACCAUUCAUUCUUCCCUUUCUUGUUUGUUUCCUUCUAACUAAAUCUUCUACUGGUGGCACAACACCUCAGAGCUUAUGUCAGGCUCUCUUUCUUUCUUGCUAUGCACUGUGUAAGAAGACAGAGUACAAACUAGGAAUGAGCUAUUCAGGAAGGUGUGAAAAAUUGUUUUCCAAACGAGCACUUUGACACCCCCCCCCAGUGUUAUGCCAUAAGGCAGUAGUGUUCCUCAGUGGUGUACAGGGCCAGCUUCCCUUUCACCCCUCUGAGAAUCUGAAGUGUUUCAGCAGAGGGGACAUUGCCACAUCCAACCCAAAGUAGUAGAAGUCCAGAAAUUCCAACUAAGCUCAAGCCUUCAUGUAGCAGUAUGAUAUGCUCCUGGCUUGGGUUAACUUCUUGUGAAGAAGUGGCCCAGUGUCCUCUUUCAUACUACUGAAAUAUCAUUUGAGGCUUGGGCUUUUCAAAAGAAAAAUGCCACCACCAACUCUGUUCACAGUGGGCGCCAACUACAGUAAUUCAUUUCAUGCCAUAAGCAAGCCGGAAAGCCAAAAUGCAGUUUUUGCUCAAAUGUGCCUAGAAAAUAAACAUUUUGGCAAAAAAUAACAUUUUUUAAAAAGGCAUUUUACCAAUAAGCCAUUGUAAGUGACGGGUACAUCUGCUGGUUGAAUAGUUGCCUUUUUUUUUUUUUUUUGCAUUGGUGUUACUUUUGUGUGCUAGAAGGAAAAUCUGGGUCUGCCUGAAUAACCUGAAACCAAACCAAACAAGACUAAGCCUAAGUCUAGAUGCUUUUCAGUGUCAGGGGUUUUGUUCACAUUUUAUAAACCUUGUCUUUUUCUCCUCCCAAUUUUAGUUGUUUGCUUCCAAAAUUCCAUAGCACAGUGUUGUUUGAUACAGCCAUUUAAAUAUGUACAAAUUGUAAAGAAUGUGUAUAAAUGUUUUACACCAAAUGUAAGAUCUGCUUGCAUGUAGAAGCAGCUUAUAUAAUAAAUUGUUACAAUGUGUACAGUAAAUUCUGAAAUCACUUUUUCAAGCCAGCAUUUUUUUAAGCAUUUGUAUAUUCACUUUUUGGUAAUGAAAUCUCUUUGUAACAGACUCUUAAUUUGGGAGGGGGAAGGGGAGUUCUUUUUACCAAUCUUUAAAUAGCUCCAUAUGCACUAAAGUUGAAGGUUCUUUAUCUUUAAUAGAUUGUUUUGAAAUCUAAGUGUAAGCUGUGUUUUCCCAGUGCAGGGAAGCGAUGACAGUAGCAACUGUGUCAGAGAUGCAACAUUUUGGCAAAAAAGAAAAACUGUUUAAAGACUUCUAGUAAAAUGAAGUUAAACUGAUAAUAAAUAUUUAUAUAUAUCCACCA